AUGGAGCUUAUAUCAGUCGACAAUGCUCCCUGUCCGAUUCGACUUGGACCUGAGCCGCCAGGUCAGUACGGCACAUAUCGCCUCCCAGACCUAGUCGCGAACACGAUCGAAAACGGACAGGCCCUGGGCCCCUACACCAACCUAGAACAUCACGAUGAACUGAAGCAUGCACUAAUCGAAGGAUACCACGAACUCUACAACAGUCGAGACCCAAGUCACUUGGCUCACAUCGUCAGGAUGGCGUCUCUCCUCGAUCACUACUUUUUCAGGGGUUGGCUUACAGCCCGCCGACGGCGUACGGGCAUGGUACAGUCGCAUCUCAAAGUGUGUAUUCGAGAGAACAACGAGGUCUGCCAGCAACAAGGCAGCGCGUCGCACGUGGAGGUGGUCAAGGAGGAGAUUGGCUCGCUCCCCAGCGUUGACGUUGACAUUGACUCUGCAGGAACAUGGACGAUUGCGCAAAUCGUCGAGUUACUGAUCCAUGAGAUGACUCACGGGUAUUUGAUCUUGUUUACGUGUUGUGGGGGCUUCGAUCUUAUGGCCGAAUGCUCCUUUCACCAUUCCGCUGCAAGAGGGUACCACGGUCUUCAUCUUCGGAAGCUGUUGAGGCAUGUGUAUCAGACUAUUCAGGAAUGGGAUGAUGUGUUGAGCAACUUUGGGACAGAUUGUGUUUUGAGCUGUCACUGUAAUGAUGAUUCUGAUCCUGCGUUUGAGAGAAGCAGGUCUAGCACGCCGAGUUAG